GACAGCGACGUUGCGGAAUUAGAGGUAAGCUCAGGGGCAGCGAUCGAUGUGGAAAUUCGGGACUUGGAGUUUCUUGGAUCAUACUCUUGGAUGAAAACGUCGACGCCCACCAUUGUCGUUCCAGGUAUGCCACGUAAAUGGGUUGGAAGCCCUCUACCGGUACAACUCCCAGCCGAUCAAACUGCCACUUUCGUAGACCAGAACGGUCAUCUCGUGCCCUCCACUCCUCUUCUUCCGCUCUUUCUUGCUGUCGACGCCAUGCCGGAUAUACGCACACCUUCUACCCCGGCUGCAACGUCUGGCGCUACACCUAAGGUCCACUGGCCUGAUACUGACUUCAUCACGGACCGCAACAACCUUCGUAAACUUCUCGGCUGGGUUAACGGUAAAUCUGACAAGAAACAAUGGAGGAUCGAUACGCAGCUCGUUGGUAACAAAACGAUGUUGCUCAGCCGGUGGGAGCCCAGGACCGCUGUGGGAGCGGAUGGGAAAGGCUUUGGGCAUACGUUCGAGUUGGGAAUGACUGUAGGUUCGGCUGCAGCGGGAAAUGAGGUCUACGAGGGAUAUCGUCGAAUUAUCAAAAUAUAUGGACUGAACAUGUUAGUCCGUUUCGAAGUGGACGCAUACAUGGAACUUCCGCCGCCACCCACACCACAAAAUCAGAUCUCGCAAGGCUCACAGUCCAGCUCAUCGAGGCCACGGAAUCCGCGUCGAAAACAUAGCACCAAAGCGAAUGCCCCAGCCUCUCUACCACAAAGCAAUCCGAAUCAAUCUGCGCAACUGGUCAAAGUCAUCCACGGCGGUGCAUUUAUCCCGCAUCAAUCCAGUAUCAUCGAGAUCAAGACAUGUCUCUUGUCCAAGAUGUCCUCGAAGAAAACCGAAUCAUAUUCCCAGCUCUUCUUUUCUCAAACCCCUCAUCUCUACGUCGCCGGGCAUACGGGAGGCAUGUUCUCCGACAUAGAAAAGAAUGAUGUCUCGAAGGGAGACUUGGCGGGCCAGCACGACACGCUCCUGUUGAAGAAUGGGGCGUUGAAGAGGUUGAUCGUGGCAUUAAGGCGAAUUCAAGAGCUGGUCAGAAGGGAGGGUAAAGGGCGAAGUUUGACGUUGGUGUUUGAGGAGAAGACGUUGCAGGUUUACCAGAGAACAGGGGGAAGCGGCGGAGGUUUGCUUCCUGACGAUGCCAUUACUAGGUUCGAGGUACAGUAA